AAUCACUAAAACCCUAACCCUUUUUCUCUUCUCUUCUCUUGUUGUAUUGUGAUAUGUGUCGCAGAGGCAGAGCAUUAGUCACCAUGGCGAGCCACGAAGACGACCUCGAUCUCCUUCUCUCUCUUCAAGACAGAGUUCCCGACACUCCUCCUGCUUCUCCCACACCAGGUUACCUUUCCGAUGACGAAUCGCUCAACCAAAGGGACAAACCUGACAUGUCCGUAUUCAAAAACGCCGUUCAAGAUUGUCUUCCCUAUGACCCCCCAAAAGCGCUCAAACCAACUAACAAACCUGUUACUAACGAUUCCCAGCUUGAAAAGUUUUCAGGCCUUCGCAUUAAGAACCAAUUGUUAACUCAUGCGGAGUUGAAGGAACAAUUUUCAGACAUUCGCUUUGUUCGGUUAUCUGUUAUCAAGAAUUCGUUGAUUGGAGAUAGUUUCUCUGGAAAUUGGGCCACUGUUGGUGUUUUGACUGAGAAGGGGAGUCAGAAGACAAGUUCAACGGGGAAAAGCUUUUCUAUAUGGAAAAUUGGGUGUCUGGAUGAAUGUACCAUUUCUCUUUUCUUGUUCGGAGAUGCUUAUCAGAGGAACAUGCAAGAGCAAGCGGGAACGGUCUUUGCACUGUUUAACUGUGCUGUUCGCAAGGAUAGUGCGGGCAAUGGUUUUUCUUUGAGUAUAUACUCCCCUAGACAAAUUGUGAAGAUGGGCACCUCUGUUGAUUAUGGGGUUUGCAAAGGGAAGCGAACAGAUGGGAUUGCUUGUACGCUGGUCAUAAAUAAACGUCAUGGGACAUAUUGCAAAUAUCAUAAAUCAAAAGCAUCAGAGAAAUAUUCCACGAUGCGAAGUGAACUCAUGGGAGGAAACUUAAGAACAGCGUUUAGGCCUAAGUCUAGGGAUUACCUCAAAUCAGAAGGAAUUUACUUAGUUGACCCCCUUGCUGACAAAACAAACUCGAAGAAUUCUCGGCCAGUGAAACUAUUGUCCGCGGAUGGUCUCAGAAAGGCAUUGAGCAAUGCAGGAAAAGUAACAACAACUCCUCAUUCUCAAGGGAUCAGGUUUCUUUCUCAGCUUGCAGCCAUGACGAAUCCGAAAGCGAAGGAUAAAGGAUCAAAGAUUCCACAUGAACAAAAAUGUACGGAGAAGAGGAAAUCAUCCUUUCCGAAUGUGGGAUCUUCUUCAGUCAUAGGAAACCGACAGUUGGAUGGAAAAAGAAUAAAAUCAGAUGACCAGGUUUUGGCUGCUAAAACUUCAAAGCCUACUGAAAAGAUGAUUGAAUUAGACUUUGUAAGCUCGGACGAAGACUUCUAAAUUUCCUAUAUUGCUCUCAGCCCCACUUUGUCGAGCAGAACUGUGUGUCCGUGAGUAGGAAGUGAAAGCUUUCCACAGAUGGUAUCAUAUGCGGUAGCCUACGGUAGUGACCCUAUAAUUGCUGUCAACAUGUCAAAUUAUUUUGAACUGUGGUAGGAUUGAUGUUAGAAAAUUGAAUAAACGGAAGUAGUAAAAAGUAAGCACUACCAUUAUUUAAAUUUUGUAAAUUAAGGAUGGAAUGGGAUUAGUUCUACUUCGUUUACUUUGUGAGGAGUAUUUUUUCUUCUCUAACAUGAAAUGAUUUGAUUUUGAUAUAA